UGAAGCUCCUCGCUCCGCCGGGGCUCAUGGGGAGAAGAUGGAAGGAGAAAUUGCAGUCUAAAGCCGAUGAGCUGAGCUGAAGGCACUGCUCCAUCCUUCCCACCACAGGCAAAAAAAUGUGAUCAGAGGAGCCGACCAGCUGAGCAGCCCGCCAGCUCCUGCAUCCUGCUCCUGCUGCCUCGCAUCUCCUCUUCUCUCCCUUUGCCUCCUGCGAGAGCAAGCCUUUCAUUUGCAACCUCGACUCCCGACAAUCCCUGUCAAUAAAUGAGGGAGCAUAAUGCUGAACAGCAUCACCGAGGGCUUCCUCUGCUGCCUGAUGGGCAAAACGACCAACGCCGUGGGGCCGCUGGACAGCGUUGAGUCCAGCAAUGGCUACAGCUUCCUGGAGGUGAAGCCAGGCAGGAUCCUGCGGGUGCGGCACAGCGCUCCGAGCCACCCGCCUGCCGAGCCCCCCGAGGAGCCCAGGGCUGCAGAGAGAGGCACGGUGCACUGCAAGCGCAGGAUCACGCUGUACCGCAACGGGCAGCUGGUGAUCGAGAACCUGGGGGACGCCGUGCGCUCCGAAAUCCUGCACUGCUCCAACGGCUCGGCCGAGCCCAGCAGCACCGUGGAGCUGGAGCUGUCGGAGCUGGCUGGCCAAGGCCCGGUGCAGGGCUCUGCCGCCACGCCGGGCUGCGGCACGCCGGGAUCUGGUGCGCGAGAUGCCGCGGCCGGCAAGCGUCGGAAGCGUAAGCCCAAGAAAGUCAUCAACAUCGACUGCAAGAAGCAGAUCACGAGCUGCAAAGGGACCCACGGUGACGUGGUCCUGUUCUUCAUCCACGGCGUGGGCGGCUCGCUGGAUAUCUGGAAGGAGCAGCUGGACUUCUUCACCAAGCUGGGCUACGAGGUGGUGGCUCCUGACCUGGCCGGCCACGGCUGCAGCUCAGCCCCGCAGAUCGCUGCUGCCUACACCUUCUAUGCGCUGGCUGAGGACAUGAGGGCCGUCUUCAAGCGCUACGCCAAGAAGAGGAACAUCCUGAUAGGGCACUCGUAUGGGGUCUCCUUCUGCACCUUCCUAGCCCACGAGUAUCCCGACCUGGUGCAUAAAGUGAUCAUGAUCAACGGAGGGGGCCCGACGGCGCUGGAGCCCAGCCUGUGCUCCAUCUUCAACAUGCCCACCUGCGUGCUGCACUGCCUGUCCCCAUGCCUGGCCUGGAGCUUCCUCAAGGCUGGCUUUGCCCGCCAGGGUGCCAAAGAGAAGCAGCUGCUGAAGGAAGGCAACGCUUUCAACGUCUCCUCCUUCGUGCUGCGUGCUAUGAUGAGCGGGCAGUACUGGCCAGAGGGUGACGAGGUGUACCACGCCGAGCUGGCCGUGCCCGUGCUGCUGGUGCACGGCAUGCACGACAAGUUUGUGCCGGUGGAGGAGGACCAGCGCAUGGCAGAGAUCCUGCUGAUCGCUUUCCUGAAGGUGAUCGACGAGGGCAGCCACAUGGUGAUGAUGGAGUGCCCCGAGACCGUGAACACCCUGCUCCACGAAUUCGUCCUGUGGGAGCCCGAAACGCCAGCUGGGGACGGGCAAGGAGAGAAGAAAUAAGGUGGCAGGGACGCGGUGACCGGGCUGCUCCG